AUGACGAGGAGCAGAACUAGUGGCCUUUCAAUAUCACAGGCAGAUAUUCUACCGAACCUGCCGGGUCAUCAGGCCAGCUGCGAACUGCUGGUCUGGUACGGGGACGAGUACGGCCAGGAGCCGGGCAUCAAGUGGGGAAGCAAGUGGAAAAGCGAGCUCACAGCAGGGAAAGCAGAACCUAACCCAGAGAUACAUCCAUGUCCAUCCUGCUCUCUGGCCUUCUUCAGUCAGAAAUUCCUCAGCCAGCAUUUGGAACACAAUCACCCUUCUCAGAUCCUCCCACGAAUAUCUCUUUUUGCCCAGAGGAUGCCUUUCAGUGAGGGGGCUCCCAAGACACCUCAAAAGCUGGGGUUGGGGGUGAAAGAUCAGCAUGGCAAUGAGACCCUCCAGCAGGGUGCUCACGCUGGAUACCAGAUGGAAGUGCUAACCUUCCCUCAUGCCCGCUUCGGUCUCAAGAGGCAAAAGAGAGACUGGGUUGUCCCUCCCAUCUCCAUCCCAGAGAAUGAAAGAGGGCCAUUCCCAAAGAUGGUGGCUCAGGUCAAAUCUAACAAGAACAAGGAAAUCCAGGUUUUCUACAGCAUCACUGGCACAGGCGCUGAUGAACCUCCUUAUGGCGUGUUUAUCAUGGACAGAGAAACAGGAUGGCUGAAAGUGACGAAGCCCCUGGACAGAGAAAAAAAAUCCCACUAUGUUCUUUUCCUUCAUGCUGUGUCUUCAACUGGGAAUGCUGUGGAGGAUACAUUGGAGAUUGUGAUCACAGUGACAGACCAGAAUGACAACAGACCCGAAUUCACCCAGGCAGUCUUUGAGGGGUCUGUGAUGGAAAGAGCCCAUCCAGGAACAUCCGUGCUACAAAUCACCGCAACAGAUGUGGAUGACCACGAGAACACCUACAAUGCAGCCAUUGUUUACACCAUCCUCAGCCAAGAUCCCUUGGUACCUUACUCCAACAUGUUCGCUAUCAACCGGCAAACAGGAGUCAUCUCUGUGCUCAAUCCUGGGCUGGACCAACAGAGUGCUCCUGCAUACACCCUGACAGUCCAAGCUGCUGACCUCCAAGGUGAAGGCUUAAGUUGCAGAGCAAAGGCCGUGAUCACAGUCACCCAGAGCAACCCUAACCCUCCCAUCUUCAGCCCCACUUCGUACACGGGCCAGGUGUUUGAGAACAAGGUGGAUGCAGGGAUAGUGAGGCUGUACGUGAAAGAUGCUGACGCUGCUGGCUCCCCAGCAUGGAAGGCAGUGUUCUCCAUCCUCAAUGACAGAGGUGGCCUCUUUACUAUCACCACGGACCCUGAGACCAAUGACGGCCUUUUGAAAACAGCCAAGGGCUUGGAUUUUGAGACCACGCAGCAAUACACGCUUUAUGUGACAGUGGUGAAUGAGGUGCCCUUGGCAUCUCUUUCCACAUCCACAGCCACAGUCACUGUGGACGUGGUUGACGUGAAUGAGGCUCCUGUCUUUGUACCCCCGACAAAGAUGGUGGAAAUGCCCAAGGAUGUUGGUGUGGGCCAGGAAAUCACAUCGUACAGGGCCCAGGACCCAGACAGCUUUCAGUCUCAGAAAAUCAGGUACCAGAUAUGGGACGACCCAAGCCAUCGGUUGGACAUCAACUCAGAAACAGGUGUCAUUUCCACUCGAGCCAGUCUGCAAAUGGAGGACAUGAAAACCCAAACAUUUUCAGCUGUUGUCAUAGCAGCAGACAAUGGCCAGCCUCCUGCCACGGGCACCGGGACCCUGCUCCUCACUUUCUCUCACAUAGACUGCCCAGGAGUAGACUCACACUGCCUUGACAUCUGCCAGAGGGGACCAGAGUCUCAGGCUAUGGACCAUUUGAAUAUUUAUUAUGACAAUUUUCUGGUAGAUAUGGGUCUUGAAGAAGAAGCACCUUAUUCUAAUUUGCCUAUAGAUGCCAAAAGAGACCUUGUCAUCUUCUCAUUAGAGAAGUUUCCAGAGUAUGCAAUGUCCCAAUGA